CUCCAUGAUCUGGUCCAGGGAAUUGGUGCCUUCCUUCCCCCAUGGAGCAAACUUCUCCAACCUUGAACCCUCUGGAUGCCAUGAAUUCCUAUAGUUCUAGCCAAGGGCGGCAAGGAGGUGUUUGGAUGCGGUGCUGGCAGUUGUAAUUCAGUGCAUCUGGACGGCCCCAGUAUGCAGGUAUCAGAACGUGAUGGUGGAGUGUCCACAGGGAAUGGAUUAGACAAUGCCACAGCAUCUGAUGCCCAGCAAGUUUCGCCCUCUCACCCUAAGCCUCCUUCCUUGGACCUCUUUAAUCUGGUGAUAUCCUAUAAGCAACUAGAGCUGUACCUAGAACCACUGCAGGAUGUUGCUGAAGUUGUGUGGUUCCUCCUCAGCUGGCAGAUGCCCUUCUGCUCUCUCCUUACUUGUUUGGGCCUCAACUUUCUGCUGCUUACUCUGAGUGAAGCUGCUUGGUAUGGGCUGUGUGCCCUGCUAAUCUCAGUGCCUGCCAUGCUCGGCUAUCUACAGGAAACAUGCCGCAUCCGUCUUACUGAAGAGCAGCUGGCACGCCGUAGGUAUCACAGUGUGCGGCGAGAAGAUGUGAGAAAAGUUCAACUUUCUCGAAAUGAGGCUGUGGCUGAAGUUAAGGGCUUCCUGAUCCGAUUAGAAGUGUUCCUGAACAGGCUCUGUGGUGGCUGUGAAGCAGCUUACCGUGUCUUGUUCUGGGAGAACCCUACUGUCUCCUCCCAGUUUUAUGGGAUGCUGAUGGGUUCAGUUGGUGUCCUUUACCUGCUGCCCAUCUGCUGGAUCCUUGUUCUUCUUAAUAGUGCUCUUUUCUUGGGCAAUGUGGCAUUUUAUCAAGUGAUGCUGGACCUAAAGUCAGCUGUAGAGCAGCGCUUGGGUUUCAGAUCCAUCCCUGUGGCUCCAGAGCCUGAAGAGCUGGAUCUUGGAGAAGGGGAAGGUACUGUCUUGUCAGAUUGGACACCUACCCUGACUGGGACUGAGGACCUAACCCCUGGCAGUGUGGAGGAAGCAGAGGAAGCAGAACCUGAUGAUGAAUUCAAGGAUGCAAUUGAGGAGGAAGAUGACAUCUCUCAGGGUUCAGGAGAGUUUGACCUUGGCCUUCCUGACAGUCCUUUUAUGAGCAAGAAUGAAGUGAUUCGUAGCAAGGUGUCACGGUUGACGGAACGACUGCGCAAACGCUACCCAACCAACAACCUUGGAAACUGUGCAAGUUGUUCUGCCACUUUCUCUGUCUUGAAGAAGAGGCGAAGCUGCAGUAACUGUGGGAACAGUUUUUGCUCCAGGUGCUGUUCUUUCAAAAUUCCCAAGAGCUACAUGGGGGCUACAGCCCCAGAUGCCCAGCGGGAGACGGUCUUUGUAUGUGGGCAGUGUAACCAAGUGCUCACCAAAUGAGGAGCCCAUAUGGAAUCCAAUCUUCGGAUGAUUCUGCUGAGGAUCUUACACUACACUAGCUGCUACUUGAAGGGAGACAAGCAACAGCACUGCUUCUUUGCUUCCUCCCUAUACUUGUAAAAAAAAAGGAGGGCUAGCACAUCUAACCUGCUGACUGCUCUGUGUGUUACUGCUCUCUUUCUUGAAAGCAACUGAGAAGAUUCCUGCAAUCCUAGUUGUGUGGAGGAUUCUUCAUGCACUAAACUACUGUAGGCUUCCUUCCCUUCUUCCAGUUCCAAGAGCAAAUAUUAUUUCAUUUCUAGUCUGUGGCCCCAUUUUUUUUCCUGGAGUUUGGCUGACAGGAGGUUGGCUGUCCUCAUUUUUGAAAGGUCACUCUUGGCACUUGGACUCCUCAAACCUCUCAAAGUGUUUUACUGUUGCUGAGGUGCCACCCCACUCUUUCUCUGUGUUUGUGUGUUCUGAAAUGAAGGGUGGACCUUCAUUCAGAUGAUGGUUAUAGUUGGCUCUGAGAGCAGGCUUUGCAGGGCCAAGAGGAUCAACUGUGUCCAACCGGUGGGGUAGCUGGAUCUACUUUUUCUGCCUAUUUCAGGUGAGGAUAGUAUUUCUCUUCCUUUUCCUCUUCCAUGCCACCGACUUUUAUUUUUUAUUUUUUAAUCUAAAGCCCCUUUUAUCAUGGUCAGACUAGGGUCUGGAAAAUGUGUGUUUUUCAUUCCUGCAUUGUUAGAAGGCAGAGGAUGCUGUAGUUAACUGGGUUUUUUGCUAAUAGCAAAGCCCAGCUGAAAGUCAGGGAGCUUCCUUUCUGUCUACAGAAGUGGGACAUUGUUGGACUACUGCAGAAUAAUAUAUAUCCUACCAAUAAACAAUAUCCUUGGGUGUGAAGGCAACAUUUUCAAGAGUCUGAGGUAAUUUUUAUUGCUGUGCGGACCAGAGAGUCCCUGCUAUGGAUAAAUAUUUCUGGAAGAAGAGCAUCAUUAGGCAGAUAGAGCAAUGGAACAUAGGAUGCAUGGUAGGGAGUAAGGGAAUGGCAGCAGUUCUUUGGGACAAUACAGGAUAUGGUGGGUUUCUGCAGAACAGACAUAUUGCGUCUUUAACAUGCUGACACAUGUGGGAUAUGAGAUGGAGCAUAAUAUAUGUAAUCCUAAAUGUCAAAAGAAAAUGUUUUGUGUGUGUGGAGCUGGCAGCAUCUCAGACAGUCCCUUUGAGACUCAACCAUGAUGAAAUAUUGGCUAUGCCUGAUGGGAAUGUAACUGUGAAUGUCUUUUGCUUUGGGGACAUUAGAAACAUAAAUGCAAAGCCUGGCUGGAAAUAGAACCAGAACACUAUGCUUUUGACUUAAUAGAUGAACUAAAUCUCCGCAUUUUUCACUGUAGUUGUACAAGUCAUCAAAGGCAUUUGGUUUUCCAGUGCUGAAAAUAUAUUGCAGGACUAGGUGGAGUCUUUAAAGAUAUGAAGUGACAUUUUUAUAAAAUGUUCACAGUAUGUCAGGCAUCCAUAACAUUUUUGAGUUACUUGUUUCAUUUGAGAAUGUGUUGUGGAUGCUCAUAAAAUGAUUGUCGGGGCAGAGAAAGGAUUUUCUACUGCUAUUCUUUGCUCCAGACUAUUAGAAUACUACCAACAACAACUACCAUCCAUUUCUCCAAGCACCCCUAGUUCACUGCUUCUUCUACUAAGCUUUGUCCUUUUUCUGGAUAGGUGGCUAUUUCCAGGUGAAGUUUUGAAGUACAGUAUCAUAAAGAUGAUGCUGAAGGUUGGCAUUUCUCUUUAUGCCAGCUUCCCAAUUGUUGAAAUGCAUUAUUUUUUUAAUAUGUAAUGUGUGGUGAAACCAGGAAUCUAGUAGUUUCUAUGAGAGGAGUCUCUGUGGAAAGAUGGGAGGUCCCAUGAGAAACAUGACUUACAAAUUAGAAAAAAAGAUAAAACUUCUUGUUUACUUCCUCCUGUUUUUUUAAGUGUCAAAAACAGUGGAGACUUUGGUGUCUAUAAAACGUCAUUAGCAACCAUUCAGUCAUGUCCGAUCAAUGGCUCCUCUAUGUCUGUGAAACACAUACUGUAUAAUACUCUCACCAACAACACCUUCAAUUAGGCUUGAAAGUUGUUAAUUCACAGAAGAGGUAAAUAGAGCUAUUCAUCCCACCCACAUAAGCAUUUAAAAACUAGUCAGCUGCUGGGGAAAGGAGGUCUACGUAAGUAACAAUUCAGCAGUAAUAAUAUAUUACUUCAGAUUUUGUACACCACUCAUACAAUAUUUCUAAUAAUUUCCCUUAUGACUGGUCCAGUAUGUUUUGUUAAAAACUUGAGCAAAUGAGGAAUUCCUGUCCCCCAUCCCCAAACUGCACAUAGGCAAUUGCACUGGAAUAGAUCAAUUUAUCCUGAUAGUUGUCGCUAAAUUCUCUUGCUAAGAUAAUGUAAAGCUUUUAUUACGGUAUUUAUUAAUUGCCAUUU